UCCACAUGAGCAAGCAGAACUAUGGAGCGAUGUCCUCAUGAGGUAAAUUGACAGUCUACCAUCUCCUCAGCAACAGUCCUGAUACUGUUGACCGAGGCGGUCCCACAGUAGUUUCUAUUAGUCAGUCAACCACCAUCAACUAGUCGGCUCCUUGAAACUUCCCUGCUAGCACUCAACGGGAUAUUACGCCAUCCCAUCCCAUGGCGUCUUCGUUACUGUUCAAAGUUUUCCGUUGUUGUGGCUCCUCCAUAACCGCAAUCGUCAUUCGCCUCACUCUCGGAUGCUGUGCGUUGACAUUCGUCGUCUUCUUGUCCAUCUCCUAUUGGGCCAAUUUCGGCACGAAUCUCUCCCCGCAUGCGGAGGAGUUCCGCGACUCGUGGGAUUCCUGCGUGUCGCAGCGCGCGGGGCAUCUAUUUAAGCUCAGCUUCAUAUCCAGCCUGCACGCGCAAAAGUGCACGGAGCUGGUCGAAGCCGCCGUCGCCAGGGGCGAGGCGCUGGUCGCGCGCGGAAAGGAUCUGCGCAAGCGGGGAGAGGCGGCGCCGGUUGCCGCGGACGGGUGCGCGGUGCAGUAUGACGCGAGCGCAGAUCCGUGGGACUCCCGGCCGUUGCCGCGCGACAAGUUCUCCGAGUCGGGGUGCCGGCUGGAGUGGGUGAUCUACUCGUCGGAGUGCGGCGCGAACAUGGUGCGCCUCGCGGACUUCGCGCACAUGGCGGGGGUCAACUUCUCCAUCAUCGGAAGCCGCCAGAGCUGGACGGGCCAAGGCGGCCGCCUGCGCACGAUCCGCGACUUCCUCGCGGCGCUGCCGCGCGACCGCGUGGUGAUCACCACCGACGCCGACGACGUCUUCCUCAUGCCGCACCCCAAAUGCCGCCCACAAAACUUCCUCGAUUCCUUCUUCGCCCUCAACGCGCCCGUGGUUUUCGGAGCGGAGGUCUUCUGCUGGCCGGAUUGGAAGAAGCUAGAGAAGUAUUAUCCUCAUAUAACCAACUCGUCGGUGAACCGGUUCCUAAACGCGGGCGCUUAUGCCGGGUACGCGUGGGCGCUUGCGGAGAUCAUCGACCUGAUCUACGUGCGCGACUGCAUGCAGGACCAGCGCGGGCUCAUGCUCGCGUUCCUCGCGCAGCAUUACCUCUUCCGCGACAUGCCGCGCGCGCCCAACCCCGACCCCGCCGCCGUGCGUGCGGCGUGGGAAUCGCCGGGCGACGUGGCGGAGGCGGUGCGCGCGCAGGCGGAGGCGGCGGAGACGGCGAGCAGGGCGCGGUGGCGGAACAACCGCAUGGUGCAGUACGAUUCCGCCAUGUCGCCGUUCCACCGGCUGCCCGCGAAGCCAAGGGAGCGCGUGAUGGGCGAAGCCAGGCGCGUGGGGCACAGGGACACGGUGUCCGUAAUGGCGGCCCCAUUCAUAAAGCUGGAUCACUACGCCGCCCUGUUCAUGCACCUGGGGGGGCUCAAGUGGGACAACUUCGAGAUUCUGGGGACAGGGGAGGAGGGGCUGGUGAGGGCGCGGAACUCGGGCGGGGAGGCAUGCAUCCUGCACCAGCAGGGGAACAAGCUGACGAACAUCUCGAUGCCUUACAUAGUAGAGGAGUCGGGACUGGAGGAGCUCAGGAAGGCACGGGGGUACGUUCCUUAGCAAUGUGGUGCUUAGGUGAAAGGCAAGGGCGUCUUUUGGUGCUGGUUGCUGCUGCUGCCACUGCUACUGCUGCUGUUUAGAGGCGUCUCUCUCUGGCCCGUGGCAGAGAAAGGCAACCCCAGGUGGGAUGGAAUGACGAAGCAAGUGGCAGUUAGAGGGUGUGGGGGUGGAAGUGGUGCUAGAGUGUGGACGACGAGAUGGGGUGGUGGUGAUGCUGUGCUGGUGCUGGAUCUGGUGCUGGUGCUGGUACUGGUGCUGUUGCUCACAGGUGUGAGAUGUGGCUGAUGGACGGAAAAUUGCAUGCUUUGGUGGUGAUUAGCUAAGGUUCGUGCAGGGCCAUUUAAUCCUGCACACCUGCCAGCGCGCUUGCUGCCAUUCCUGGAGUGUGCGAUGACUGAUUUUCCAGGAGGAAUACUUACGAAGACCGUGCGUAGGGUACAUGCCUAAAAGCUCACGUCACGAUGGGAUGUGAGCAAGGUUGGCUAGUAGAAAUGCACCUUUAGCAUCAUACCGCCUCGUAUAAUGCUGCUGAAAUUUGACCAGGCGCAUGUCAUCAUGGGGGUUGGAGGGGAUAUGUAAAGAAACAUAACAUACGGUUUGGUGCCAUUUGUUGUCCCUUUUU